CAGAGCACGAGCCGACAGGGACAGAGCGAGAGAGGGAAGGAGGUACAGGGAACAAAAGCAGACAACAGAACAGAGAGAAACAGAACAAGGAGCGAGGGGGAGAUAAGUGAGGGACGGGCAGAACACUGAUAAGCACAUGGUGUGAAAAUGCCUACAAACUUCACAGUGGUUCCUGUGAAGGAUGCCAGGAAGUCCCGGGAAGAGGAGGAGGAUGAAGAUGAUGUGGAUGACAACAAUGUCUUCAGAGAGGAAGACGAGGCUGCCACCUUCCCAGGCGAUGGCAUGCCAAAGGAAAGCAGUCCGUUCAUUAACAACACAGACCACGACAAAGGGAAUCUAUAUGAUGGGAAGAACAUGGCCCUCUUCGAGGAAGAGAUGGACAGCAACCCCAUGGUGUCCUCGCUGCUUAACAAGUUGGCCAACUACACCAACCUCACCCAAGGGGUCAAAGAGCACGAGGAGGCAGACGAUGACGAGGGGCCAGCCAGGAGUAAGAAACCAGUCAAGAGUCCCGCGUUGGGCACAUUAAUUGGGGUGUACCUGCCCUGCCUCCAAAACAUCCUGGGGGUCAUCCUGUUCCUGCGUCUCACCUGGAUCGUGGGAACCGCCGGCAUCAUGGAAUCCCUUGCCAUUGUGGUCAUGACCUGCUCCUGUACAAUGCUGACAGCCAUAUCAAUGAGUGCCAUCGCUACGAAUGGUGUAGUUCCAGCUGGAGGCUCCUACUACAUGAUCUCAAGGUCGCUGGGGCCAGAGUUCGGCGGGGCCGUGGGGCUCUGCUUCUACCUGGGGACCACCUUCGCUGGCUCCAUGUACAUCCUCGGUACUAUAGAGAUUCUGUUAACCUACAUUGUGCCUAGUGCGGCCAUCUUCAAGGCAGAGAAGAAGGAGAAUGAGCCAGAGGCACUGCUCAACAACAUGCGGGUGUACGGCACCUGCUGCCUCAUCCUCAUGUCCCUGGUGGUGUUCGUAGGGGUCAAGUACGUCAACAAGCUGGCCCUGGUCUUCCUGGCUUGUGUCAUCCUCUCCAUUCUGGCUAUCUACGCCGGAGUCAUCAAGACCGCCUUCGACCCGCCAGACUUCCCUAUUUGCCUGUUGGGGAACCGCACGUUGCAGAACCACAACUUUGACCAGUGUUUGAAGACGAUGGAGGUGGACAACGUGACGGUCACCACCAAGCUGUGGUCCCUGUUCUGUGACUCUCCAGACCUCAAUGCCACCUGCAACGAAUACUUCACUCUCAACAACGUCACUGUGAUCCAGGGAAUCCCUGGCCUGACCAGCGGGGUCAUCAGAGACAACAUCUGGGGGGACUACGGUCCCAACGGCAUGUUGGUAGAGAAUAAGCACCAGGUGUCGGAGCCGGCUGCAGACACCUCCCAGGACAUAUACAUGCCCUACGUGGCCAAUGACAUCACCACCUUCUUCACCCUGCUGGUGGGCAUCUACUUCCCCUCCGUCACAGGAAUCAUGGCUGGAUCCAACAGGUCUGGUGAUCUCAGGGACGCCCAGAAGUCCAUCCCCAUAGGAACCAUCAUGGCCAUCGCCACCACCACCUUCAUAUACAUUAGUUCUGUCAUACUGUUUGGCGCCUGUAUCGAGGGGGUGGUGCUCAGAGACAAGUUUGGGGACUCGGUCAAAGGGAACCUGGUGAUUGGCAUCCUGGCUUGGCCCUCCCCCUGGGUGAUUGUGAUUGGCUCGUUCUUCUCGUGCUGUGGAGCAGGUCUACAGAGUCUCACUGGAGCCCCCCGGCUGCUGCAGGCCAUCGCAAGAGACGGCAUCGUGCCAUUCCUACAGGUGUUUGGUCAUGGCAAGGCUAAUGGAGAGCCCACCUGGGCCCUGCUGUUGACUGGUGGGAUCUGUGAGAUCGGUAUCCUCAUCGCUUCUCUGGACGCUGUCGCCCCCAUCCUCUCCAUGUUCUUUUUGAUGUGCUACCUGUUUGUCAACCUGGCCUGUGCCCUCCAGACCCUGCUCUGCACCCCCAACUGGAGACCCCGCUUCAAGUUCUACCACUGGGCUCUGUCUUUCCUGGGCGCCAGUCUGUGUGUCUCCCUGAUGUUUAUCUCCUCCUGGUACUAUGCCCUGGUGGCCAUGCUCAUCGCUGGCUGUAUCUACAAGUACAUUGAAUACAGAGGGGCGGAGAAGGAGUGGGGGGACGGUAUCCGUGGUCUAUCGCUCAACGCUGCCCGCUACGCCCUCAUUCGCCUGGAGGAGGCACCGCCCCACACCAAGAACUGGAGGCCCCAGAUGCUGGUGCUAUUGAACCUGGAGUCUGACCACACGGUGAAACACCCACGCCUGCUCUCCUUCUGCACCCAGCUCAAAGCAGGGAAAGGCCUGACCAUCGUGGGCUCUGUGCUGCAGGGCACCUACAUGACCAAGGAGGACGAGGUCAAGAAGGCUGAGCAGAACGUCAAGUCGUCGAUGACGACGGAGCGUACCAAGGGCUUCUGCCAUGUGGUGGCAUCGUCCAACCUGCGCGAUGGUUUCUCCCACCUCAUCCAGACGGCAGGCCUGGGGGGCAUGAAACACAACACAGUCCUAAUGGCCUGGCCCGGCACGUGGAAACAGUCUAAUGACCCCGUCUCCUGGAAGAACUUCAUAGAAACUGUGAGGGAGACCACGGCGGCAAAUCAGGCCUUACUAGUGGCCAAGAACGUGGACAGCUUCCCCACCAACGCGGAUCGCUUUGGCGAGGGCACCAUAGACGUGUGGUGGAUCGUCCACGACGGAGGACUGCUCAUGCUGCUACCCUUCCUCCUCCGCCAGCACAAGGUGUGGAGGAAGUGUAAGAUGCGUAUCUUCACGGUGGCUAAUAUGGAUGACAACAGUAUUCAGAUGAAGAAGGACCUGCAGAUGUUCCUCUACCACCUCCGUCUGGACGCUGAGGUGGAGGUGGUGGAGAUGCACGACAGCGACAUCUCAGCCUUCACCUAUGAGAAGACCCUGGUGAUGGAGCAGCGCUCUCAGAUGCUGAAACAGAUGCAGCUGUCGCGGACGGAGAGGGAGAGAGAGAUUCAGGGUAUCACCGACACGUCACGUAGCUCCAUCAGAAGGAAGAACCAGACCGGAGCCUCAGGCUCUGACCCCAGUCGACAGCUGGAGGACACACAGGAGGACGAGGCCCAGCUGAUCCACGACAGAAACACGGCGUCCCAUGCCGCGAUCAACGACAAGCCCGACAUCGGCCCUGACCGAAUCCACAUGACGUGGACCAAGGAUAAGUUCCUCUCCGAGCGCAACCGUAACCGUUCCGAGGCCAACAUGGGUGUGCGCGACCUCUUCAACAUGAAGCCAGAGUGGGAGAGUCUGAACCAGUCCAACGUGCGCAGGAUGCACACUGCGGUCAAGCUGAAUGAGGUGGUGGUGAACAGGUCACAAGGAGCCCACCUGGUCCUGCUCAACAUGCCGGGACCGCCCAAAAACAGAGGGGGUGACGAGAACUACAUGGAGUUCCUGGAGGUUCUGCUUGAGGGUCUCAACCGGGUCCUCCUGGUCCGCGGGGGCGGCCGCGAGGUCAUCACUAUCUACUCUUAAAACGCUCGUUCCCAAGAAAUGGCGUGCACGGGCCACGGCAAUAGGUGGCAUUUUAGGGAGAAAUAAUCCUUUGGGUUGCUGUGGGAUUGUCGGAGGGGGGGGGGGGGCCAUGGUAUUGGACAGAGGACUUCUUGACCUCGGAAGGGACGACCAAUCAGGGUUGUGUGAUGUGAUAGCAUCGCCCUGAUUCGUGGAGAGAGCACAGGUGUCCUGGGGCCUGCCUAUCACGCCGAGAGACUGGAGGAUACAGCAUUCAUACACUUUAACUUUUAAUUUGACACGUGUUGAUGUUUAUUGUUCAGAUUUUCUUAUUCUCUCCUCACUCUCUGUCUCUAUGUGUUGAGUUGUCAUGUAUGUUCAUGGUAAUUGUGUACCAAGGGCCCUAGUCAUGUGUAAUGCACUAUGUAGGGAAUCAUCAUUUAGUUUGUCCUCAUUUUGGUUCGAAUUGAUGUCAACCGGCUGCCUCGAAGGUAUCUUUCAGCUCAGAAAUCCAUCUCCUAUGAACCCUGAAAUAGAUGAAUAUAUCCUGGUCCAUCUAAUAUCUGUAUGAACUAAAUUAGAAUAAUUUUGACCUGGAAUAACAUGCUUCGGUGAAUCGGUGCAGUAUCCUAACCCACAGCAGAGCUCUGUUAGAGUGGAUGUUAGGUGGCAAGUCCAAAACAAAGCUUACUUUUAUUUCAAAUUUGUCCCACACAUCAAGUUGUUGCUAUAGCUUUCCUGAGCUCCCUUGUCCCUUGAUUAUUAAAGGUUGUUGAGUGCAGCACAACGUCUGAAAGAGGUGUGUGUGUGUGUGUGUGUGUGUGUGUGUGUGUGUGUGUGUGUGUGUGUGUGUGUGUGGCGGGGGGCUUUGGCAAGGGAUAGGCCAAGGAUUUGAUUGUGCAAUAGAUGCUGUUGAUGUGGUGACUUGCAGACAUCUCACUAAGCCCUGAGACAUUGAAGGUGGUCCACCUUGCCUGGGAGGUCUCCUAAAUGGACCCUGUGGUAUUUUGCUCUGUAGCAUUGGUCAAAGCCCCCCCAAGUACAGCCGUUCCAAUGGGAAGAUAGCCAUACUAUAUACUAUUGUAUUUAGCCCUUGUUGCAUAUUUAUAUAAAGAUUCACAAAGUUGAGAUUUAUUGGAAAUUGUAUUCAAGGGUGCAGGGAAUGGAAAUUACUUUUUUGUUGUAAAGAUCCUGUGUUCAGGAGUGCUGGUUUAAAUUCACGUGCUGUUCCACAGUUUAACAAGUCUAGGACAACUGGGGUCAUUAAGGUACUUCCCCUACCAGAGCCCGUUGGAUCUAUACAUCAACGUACAGGACAAGUCAUGAGCUGGUUUGACACGAGAGCUCAAUCUGACUUAGUCAUCAACUAAAACAAUUGUUCAAUUGUCUUUGACCCUCAAUCAGAAACAAAAGGUUGUUGUUGGAGCCAUCGUCCCAAAUAGUGUCGUCGCCCCCCCCCCCCCCCCCCCCCCCCCAAAUAGAUAUAGCAACGGACGCUAAUGGUUUAGAGGGGCACACUAUUUGGCAUGACAGAACCACUGUUGUGUCCGUUUUAGGUGUCGUUAGGGACAUCGUCAACACACAGCAUUUUGCUCCGUCUUUCGAUGUUUGGUAGUGCAGUAUUUUCUGUUCACUGCAUAGUUUAGCUCUGCUAAUAGAAGUCUUUAGGCUGGGAUGCUGUCAGAAGGGUUGGGUUAAAUGCGAAUGACACAUUUAAGUUGAAUGUAUUCAGUCGUACAACUGACUAGGUAUUUCCCCCCCCUUUCCCUUUCCUUGUAAUACAGUGACCACUACAUGGUAGAACCAAACAUGGUUGGGAUUUGUGAGUAUCACUUGUCUAUCGCAGGACACCAGACCAAGAUUCUGUACUGGAAUAGAAUAGACGGGAAGAGUGUCAAUAUGAAGUAGCUCUGUUCCAUGUUGUGGUCCGAACCAUCAAUGUUUUCUCUCUCUGAAGAUGAGCAUGCAGAGAGGGGGGAGGGGGGGGGGGGGGGGUUACUGAAAACAUGCUGUCUCUUAGAGCAAUCAUAUAGGACAGAGGAUGUGGGGUCCAUAGGAUGUGGGGUCCAUAGGAUGUGGGGUCCAUAGGAUGUGGGGUCCAUAGGAAUCCGCUGAUCACACUGUUCAAUGUCAGGAUUUGUUCUCCUAUUAUUUAUAUCCUUAUUCUCUAGGUUUCAUGUCAGCUGACCCCAAUGAAUCAUUUUGACUUUGUAUAGGAAGAAGCGUGCCAAAUAGACUGAUGUGAAAGUAUAUGUUUGUCAAUGUCAGCCACAGUGCACGCGUUAACAGAUGAAGGUGCUUGUAGGGCACCUUUAAUUUGUAAAUGCAUUAUAAGGCAUUAUAACCACUUAAUUAUUUUGAUUUGGAAACACAGAUUUACACACAUUUGAACACAAAUUAUUAGCUAAAAGAGCAUUUUGAGUUUCUGGUUACAAAAUUGAAAAGGCACUCGUACAUCUGAGCUCUCUUUGUUACAGGUGCUUGGUAACAGUUGAAUAAGAUGAGGGGGGAAAAAGAGAGCUCUGACGAAGGCCUUGAGGCCAAUACGUAAAGCUUAAUAAAGAGCAGUGAUACCAACGAGCAGUAUGCAGGUUCCUAGUUACAACAUGACUUCCUUGUAGGCUGCAUAUUAACAGUGGAGGCAAUGGUAUCUGUGAUUUCUAGGUCACAUGUAGGCUACUUCUAUAGGCAACUGGCGCCAGAUAUAGGAAACUAUUGGGACAAAGGAAGGAAUCACUCCCCUAACUCCUGUAUAUACCUCCACUUUUUUGUAGCUGUGUAGUAUUUUGUAACCAGAACAUUGUAUUUUUCAACAGUAUGUCUCAAUGAGUGUCUCUGUUGUUGUAGAGUCGACCAUCAGUUAGACAAUGUUGUGUCUAGUAGUCGUAGUGUCUGUCUGCACUUAACAGUUACGUUAUACCUGACUCUGACUUUUCAGGACUGGAGUCUUGUGAUUUUAAGGAGGGGUGGGGGUUUAUAUGUCAAGAUGUUUGCAGGUAUGUUUGUGUUUUUUCCUAACCCAUUGGAAACACAAAGGUUUUUGAAGACCUCUGCUUGGACUCAGGUGGAGAUUUCACAGAAAGGAUUUUAGAGGAGCCAGUUGGAGAAUGGGUUAUGUUACUAAUAUGAUUUUAAGUUAAUUUUUACAUGUUUUAUUAUUUUCAGGUUUCUAGCCCCCAAAGAUCAAAUCUUUGAGUCUGAUAUGAAAUAUCACAUUGUUAAUAGUGUAAAGAAACCUUAGAGGACACAAAGCUAAGGCUUCUGGGUAACUGUAUAGGACGUGUAAGCAGCAUAUGUUCCACCAAUCUGGUUUAAGUGACGAGAGAAUGUAAUCUACCUCGAGGUGAAUACCGUGGAGGCUUUGUCAAAGGAGAAUAAACCUGUUCGAAUCGCUUUCUUUCUUUCUCUCUGUAAAUGGUAACAAUCUUCUAUAUGAAGCGAUUCCAAGCGAUUGAGGAGUGAGCCUCCGCUCAUUCUGAGAGAGAAGCAGUGUAUCCAGCGUGUGGUGGUACUGCUGCUGUCCAGCUUAGUGGAUACACGUCACAGACUCUAGUAGGAAGUCACUUGUGGGGCGCACACAUAGUGGAGGGUGGCCCUUUUAAAUUGUAUCUGUGCCUCUGAGUAAAUAUAAAUAAAAGUGCUGAAUUAUGUCAGAACUG